AUGUCUAAAGACAAAGAUGAAAUACCCCCCAUCCUACUCUUUCGAUCUGAAAUCAACUUCUUCGAAGAUCCAACCUGGAGCCCGCGAAAUUCUGAUGCUCGGAGGCCGCACUUUUACGACUAUCGCAAUGUCAGAGUCUACCCUUCCGGCUUGUAUCUGUUGCCUACUGAAUACGAGCACCAAAAUCUAGAAGACCAGAUCUCAUUCAUUUUGCCUUUUGCUAUUGGGGGGAACGAGUAUGCGAAGAUGAGUGAUGGGCAGAAAUUUAUGGAUUGCAGACAGUAUGGGAAUGACAGCUUCACACAAUUGUACUCGCGUGGGAGACAGUCUCUUGAAGAUUUUCAAUCGCAGAGUCUAGCGUGUGUACUUGAGAACUGGCUGGGCAUGGUCGAAGGAGGUAUUUGGAAGGUAGAUGGGAAUGGUGUAGUGGGUGAUAUGGAAACGUGGAAGGAGGCAGAUACGAAGGAGGGGUGGGAGAAGUAUGUUAUACCAAAUGAGGAGUCAUUCCAUCAUGACUGGGAAGUCCUGAAAACAGCGCAAGACCCUUCUCCUAAGGCAGGCAGGCUUCGAUGA